AUGCCCAUGGAUAGGCUUCUAUCCUCUUCUCCUCUUCACACCAAUCUCAAGCCCUUUACACGAUUUCACUCACCAAGGUUCAAUCUUUUUUCCCCAACGUCUUCUUCCUUCAUCACCUCAAUUUCUUGCAACAAUAAAAACCCAUCAUCUCCCUUGUCGUCUCCUGCUCCCAAAACCCUAUCACCCCUUAUCACCUCUCAACUCGUUCGUUCUGAAACCUCCACACCCCAAUCCCAACCCCUCAAUCAGAUCACCACUGGGAAUAAUUUCCAGAAACCAAAGGCAUUAACAGCUCGGACAUUUGCAAUACUCUCUGCUCUGGUUUUGCUCUUAAUCCAGCCAGCUUUUGCACCGGCGGCUUUUGCGACAUUUCAAAAUGCUGCUAAGACUGGUGGCCCUGCGGCCGCCGCAGUUGGUGGAAAACUUAUCCGCACUGAGCUUCUAAGCAGUGCUUGGACUGGUUUCUUUGCUGGUUGCUUGCACACACUAUCAGGGCCUGAUCACCUUGCAGCUUUGGCUCCAUUGUCAAUAGGCCGAACACGAAUGGAGAGUGCUGCUGUUGGAGCCCUUUGGGGUUGUGGGCAUGAUGCUGGUCAAGUUAUCUUUGGCUUAAUAUUUUUGCUCCUAAAGGAUCGCCUGCACAUUGAAGUUAUCCGAACUUGGGGCACUAGAGUGGUUGGGCUUACCCUGCUAGUAAUUGGUGCUAUGGGGAUUAAGGAAGCAUCAGAAGUGGCUACUCCAUGUGUUGCCUUAGAAAAUGGUGAAUGUGAUGUCAGCGUCUAUGAAUCGCGUGAUAGCAAUCCUGUAGUUGGAAAGAAGAAGAUUGGUUUCGCUACUUUUGCCACUGGAAUAGUUCAUGGACUGCAACCAGACGCGCUUAUGAUGGUGUUGCCUGCCCUUGCUCUGCCUUCGCGCGUGGCUGGUGCUGCAUUUCUCAUCAUGUUCUUAUUUGGAACUGUUGUUGCAAUGGGGAGCUAUACGGUAUUUAUUGGUUCAUGUAGUGAGGCACUGAAAGAAAGAGUACCUAGAAUAACUGAGAAACUCACUUGGGCUUCUUCUCUUGUUGCAAUAGCCCUUGGAUUUGCCAUCAUCAUUAGCCAGUUUUUUGGGUUUAGCCUUUAUUAA